CACGUGAUCGAUCCAUGUGCUUGAAUUUGAUCAAAUCAUUUUUUUCAAAUUAAAUGUGAUUAAAAAACAAUUGAAACAAAACGAAAGAUGCGUUCCAAAAUUUUAUCCACAUUAUGGGAAUUAGCAAUCAAUAAUAAAUUAACAUCUGCAUUAGCUGUUGGUAUAACAUUAAUAUUAACAACAGGUGUUUAUCGUAAAUUACAACAAAAUUAUCCAAAAGUGAAAAAAUUUUAUAAAGAUUCUAAACAACCAAAACAACAACAAUGUAAUUGUAUGAAAAAUAAACCUAAAUUGAAAAUUUUAUAUGGAUCAACUGCUGGUAGUAGUCGUCGUUUAUCGAAAAAAUUACAACAAUUAUUAAAAAAUAAUGAUUCAAUAUUACAAAUAUUUGAAUCAAUUGAAUGUAUUUGUACUGAUCAAUAUGAUCCUGAAGAUGAAUUAUUAAAUGAUGCUUCGAAUGGUAAUUAUUUGAUUAUAUUAAUGCCAACAUUUACUGGUGGUGAACCACCCGAAAAUGCUCGUUGGUUUUGUCAAUGGAUCAAAGAUGCUGCAAAUGAUUUUCGUUUAUCAAAAAAUGCUCUUAGUCAAUUAAGUUUUGCUAUAUUAGGUAUUGGUGAUUCGAUUUAUGGUGAUGAUUUUUGUCUUUGUUCAUUUAAAUUAACCAAAGCAUUAAAACAAUUAAGUUCAAGAUGUUUAUAUAAAACAAGUGUAUUAGAUCGUUCGGCUUUAGAAUCAAUUGAAGAUCAAUUUCAAUUAUGGUAUCAGAAAAUUCUUUCCAUUUUAAUUGAACAAGAAACUAAAUGUUGUUCAUCAGAUAGUUCAUCUGAUUCAACAAAUUAUUCUACAUUUGUAAAUGUUGGUGAUGAUAGUGUCAAUGCUGAUGAUGAUGAUGAUGAUGAUGGUGAAUUUGAUGAAGAUUAUGCCGAAGAAUAUGAAUCCAAAAGAAAUGAUCAAAUAGUAACCGAUCUUGAAGAUAUUGUUACAAAUACUGAAAAGAAAAAAUCCGCUUCCAAUAAUAAUAAUAAAAAACAACCAAUACGAGAUAUGUUAACAACGGAUCUAAGAAAAGAAUUAACAAAACAAGGUUAUAAAUUGAUUGGUACACAUUCGGGUGUAAAACUUUGUCGAUGGACAAAAUCAAUGCUUCGUGGACGUGGUGGUUGUUAUAAAUAUACAUUCUAUGGUAUUGAAAGUCAUCGUUGUAUGGAAGCAACACCAAGUUUAGCUUGUGCAAAUAAAUGUGUAUUCUGUUGGCGUCAUCAUACAAAUCCGGUUGGAACUGAAUGGAAAUGGAAUAUGGAUCCGCCGGAUAUGAUUUUUAACAAUACUAUGAAUGCACAUUAUGCAAUGAUCAAACAAUAUAAUAGUGUUCCAGGUGUAUUACCCGAAAGAAUUGAUGAAGCUAUGCAUGUUCGACAUUGUGCAUUAUCAUUAGUUGGUGAACCGAUUAUGUAUCCAGAAAUAAAUGAAUUUAUUCGUUUACUUCAUUCGAAAGAAAUUUCUACAUUUUUAGUUACAAAUGCACAAUUUCCAGAUGAAAUUAAACGUUUAGAUCCGGUUACACAACUUUAUGUAUCGGUUGAUGCAUCAUCAAAAGUUUCAUUGAAAAAAAUCGAUAGACCAUUAUUUCGUGAUUUUUGGGAACGUUUUAAUGAAAGUCUUCGAUUACUUAGUUUUAAAGGACAACGUACUGUUUAUCGUUUAACAUUAGUUAAAUCAUGGAAUUCCGAAGAAAUUGAUGGCUAUGCAAAAUUGGUUAUUCUUGGUCAACCAGAUUUUAUUGAAAUUAAAGGUGUAACAUAUUGUGGUACAAGUAUGAAUGAAUCAAAUCUAACAAUGAAAAAUGUUCCAUGGCAUGAAGAAGUGGUUAGAUUUGGAAAAGAUCUUCUCGAAAUAAUUAAUCAACAAAUUAAACAACGAAAAUUAAAUCAAUCUGGAAUAAGUGGAUAUUCGGAAAAUUUUGAUUCUGAAUUAUAUGGUUUAGCUUGUGAACAUGAACAUUCAAAUUGUUUACUUUUAGCACGUCGUAAAUUUUAUAUCAAUAAUCAAUGGUAUACAUGGAUCGAUUAUUCGAAAUUCAAUCAAUUAAUUCAAGAAUAUUAUCGAACAAAUGGUGAACGAACAUUUACAUCCAUUGAUUAUUUAGCACCAACACCAAAAUGGGCAACAUUUGGUGCUAGUGAACAAGGUUUCAAUCCAAACGAUACAAGAUUUCGUAAAAAACGUAAUCAUACAUAUGAUAAAAAUUAAAAUUAAAUUAAAUUAUUUGAGAAAAGCAAAUGAAAAAAACUGACAAAUUUUUAUUUAUUAUUAUUAUGCUAA